UCUCUCCGCGUGGCAGCUACAACCAGUUCGCUUAGUACACUCCACGGCAAUAGAAUACGACCGGAACGGGUUUGCUUUGUAAUUCAAUUGAGUUCGCAAUGUGCGCAAUGCAAUAAAACGGUUCGGUGAUUAGCUUUGAGUGCCGGUUCAACUUUACCUGCCGAAAAGCUUUCACACACCAAACACCAAGCACAAAUAAAUGCCAGCGCCACAGAUAUGCGCUUAUCAGAAGUCCAGCAAAGCAGCUAAAGAGAGAUCAUGGAGCGCAACAUGGACUUUGAUGAGAUUCUGGCCAAGUGCGGCAACAGCCAUCGCUAUCAAUAUCUGCUGCUGGGGCUUUAUGGCUUUCUCAUGGUGGUCGUCUCCAUGCACUACUUCUCCCAGAACGUGAUCAGUUUUGUGCCCGACCACUGGUGUCAUCACGAGCAGCUGGAGAAUCGCAGUUUCGCAGAGAUCGAGGCCAUCUAUAAUCAGUUCGAAAAGCCCUCGUGCACGCGUCUGGCGACAAUCGGUUCAGAUCUGGAUGGGCGGAACGCGACAGUCAGUGGGGAGCGCUGUGAUCGCUGGAUUUACAACUAUGACUUUGGAUUCAGGAGCAUGAACACCGAGCUCAAUUGGGUCUGCGAUGCGGCGUACAAGGCGCGUGUGGGCCAAUCAUUUUUCUUUGUGGGCUCCAUGUGUGGCACGCUCGUCUUUGGGCUGCUGGGCGAUCGAAUUGGACGCGUUAAGGCUGUCAUUUUGGCCAAUUGGUGUGGCUUCUUGGGCGAUUUCUCCACCAUCUUCACGGGCAGUCUGACAGCCUUCUCCAUAACACGUUUCAUUUCUGGCCUGGCCGCCGACGCCAACUCGUAUCUGAUGUACAUACUGGUUAUCGAAUAUGUGUCGCCCUCACUGCGCAAUGUGGGUCUGAACACGGUCUUGGGCCUGUUUUACUCGUUGGGCCUGAUUGGCGCCUCUUGGCUGGCUGUGCUGGUGGGCAAUUGGCGUCUGUUUCUGGCCUGUUCUUCGCUGCCGCUGCUGCUGGUCACACUGUUUUAUUUUCUGGUGCAGGAGAGCGCCCAGUGGCUGGUCACACGCAACGACAUCGAAGGCGCUGUGCUACGUUUGCGGCGCGUGGCAAAAAUCAAUCGGCGCGUGGUCAGCGAUGAGGACUUCAAGGCGUUCAGCAGCUACUGCCAGCAGCACUACCGCAAGGCGGAUACGGGCGCAUCGGGGCAGCAGCAGGCCAAGCUGCUUGACAUGCUGAAGACGCCGCGCAUGCGCAGCAGCGCAUUCAAAAUGCUGCUCAUUUUCGUCAUCGUGGUACCCUGCUAUAAUACCAUUGCACGCAAUGUGGAGGGGCUGGGCAUUUCGCCGUUCAUCAUGUUCUCGCUGAACGCGCUGAUGCUGCCGCCCUCGGGCUAUCUGCAGGGACUGCUGCAGGAUGUGGCCGGACGCAAGGCGACCGCGGUCAGCUGGAUGGCCAUCACGGGCCUGUUUGCCACGGCGGCGGGUCUGGUCAUAUCGCAGGGCGAGAAUCGUAAUGUGUUUCUCUUGGUGGGUCUGACGCUUGUGGCACGUUUUGGCGUUUCGAUUGCCGACGGUGCCAGCUCCCAGCUCUGCACCGAGCUCGUGCCCACCUGCGUGCGUGGGCGUGGCGUGGCCGUGGCACACGUAGCCGGCUUUGCGGCCUCCUUUCUAUCGCCAUACAUACUGCAUUUGGGCACGUACGCGAAGCCCGCACCCUCCAUUAUAAUCGGCCUGCUCUUUUUAUCUGGGGCGUAUGUGUGCUUGCUUCUGCCCGAGACGCGCCACAAGAAGCUGCCCAUGUCUCUGGCCGAGGGGGAGGAGUUCGGCAAGGGCGAGCGAAUGUUUGAUUUUCUGCGCCAACUACGAAAGCAGGACUCUACCGAAGUGGAACUCGAAACAGAAUUGAAAUCCAAGGAGGUCGAUAAAUAAAAUAAAUGUUUGCUUAGUAUUAAUGUUCUUAUAAGAUGGACUAUUAUUCUCUUAAAAUAGCUACAAAAACUAUAAUGCAUUUUUUUUAAGAAUUGUUUAAUGCGUCAAAAAUAUCAAUCCCUGGAAAAAGUUCUAAAUAAAUUUAUAUAUAACACCCCUUAACGUGCA